AUGGUGCGCUUUGACUCUAACAAGGACAUCCCUGACCUUUCGGGCAAGGUCAUCAUCGUCACCGGCGGCAACAUUGGCCUCGGCAAGGAAACGAUCACGCAGCUCAGCAAGCGCAACCCAGCCCACAUCUACCUCGCAGCUCGAAGCAAGUCCAAGGCGCUGGCUGCUAUUGAUGAUAUCAAGAAGGAAGUUCCCAAUGCGGCUCCUAUCACCUUCCUGGAACUCGAUCUGGCGUCCUUUGAGAGCGUCAAGCGUGCCGCUAAAGAGUUCCUCUCCAAGGAGGAAAGGUUACACCUCCUCAUCAACAAUGCUGGCAUUAUGGCAUGGCCCGCCGGGCUCACAAAAGAGGGCUAUGAGGUCCAAUUCGGUACCAACCACAUGGGCCACGCCCUCUUCACCAAGCUUCUCCUCCCCACACUUCAGAAGACAGCCAAGUCCGACAAGGACAAGGAUGUGCGCAUUAUUUCCCUCUCAUCGGCCGCCGAAGCCUGGCCACCGAGGGACGUAUACAACUUCGAACAGCUCAAGACCGACAUGGCUGCGAACGGCACCUGGGAACGCUACGGCGCCUCGAAACUCGCCAAUAUCCACCACAGUCGGGCUCUUGCCAAGAGAUAUCCGGAAUUGCGGUGCAUUUCCGUCCACCCCGGAGCCGUCAGCACGAACCUUGGGAAUCAACUGAUGGCCAGCUGGCCCCUUUUCAAGCCCUUGAUCUACGGUGCGCUGUGGCUGAUCACAAAGUCUGUCAAUGAGGGCGCGAAGAACCAACUCUGGGCCGCCGUCAGUCCGGACGCAAAGACUGGUGUGUUCUACUGGCCUGUUGGAGUGACAGGCAAGGAUUCGAAGCUUGCGAAGGAUGAUGAACUCGCUGAGAAGUUGUGGGAUUGGACCGAGAAGGAACUGGCGUCGCACGCUUGA